GAGUGCUGCAGCCUUUAGCCAUAUAUCGCUUUCGUUUCACGUGCUAGUGGUGCCCAAUACUGAUGCAGAAAAUAUGCUAAUUUCGAACCUUUGGUCUCAAGAAUGCCAAACUGCAUUUCUCACACAUCAAAUCAUAAUAUCAUAUUUAACCAACUGCCCAUCUGCUUUGUUUAGACAACUUCUCCCUUCUCAACUUUCUUCGUCUUCUUGCUUCCAAUCCAACACAAAUUCUAAGCUCCAUCUUACUUUAAUCUAUUUUUGGCAACUCACGGCUCAUGUUGAUUCCUCGUUUUUCUUCUCCUCUUAACAACCACUCCUUCUUUACCUAUUAUUCUCUCAUCACAAUAAGCUAUGGACAAUCUGAUAAUCUCUCCAUCUUCAUCUUCUUCUCUAGUGUCUUUAACCCCUGAAACCCCGCCUCCAACUCUCCAACAAAGGCUUCAGUUCUUAGUCCAGAGCCAACCAGAUUGGUGGGCUUACGCCAUCUUUUGGCAGACAUCAAAAGAUGAUAAUGGUAACCUUUUGUUGUCUUGGGGAGAUGGCCAUUUUCAACCCACCAAAGAUACAUCCCCCGAACUAAGCAGCGUUAACAACCAAUCUAUGUCGUCUUCGUUAAAUUUGGAGAGAAGAAGGGUCGUCGAGGGAAUCCAACAAGGAUUCAUUGAAGAUCAAACCCAUGGCAUCCAUAUGUACAUGAUGAACGGCAGUGAUUUUACAGAUAUUGAAUGGUUCUACAUGAUGUCUCUGACUCGAUCUUUCCAUGCUGGAGACUGUAUUCCUGGAAGAGCUCUUAGUACAGGUUCUUUGGUGUGGUUAACUGGGGGCCAAGAAUUGCAAUUUUACAACUGUGAAAGAGCCAAAGAAGCACAUAUGCAAGGCAUUGAGACUUUUGUAUGCAUACCAACUUCAUGUGGGGUUCUUGAAAUGGGCUCCUCUGAUAUCAUCAGAGAGAACUGGGUUCUCGUCCAGCAAGUGAAGUCCCUUUUCCAGUCGGAUCUCGCUGGCUUAGUAACCAAACAGUUAAAUCCGACACCCGGAACAAUUCAAUUCUUUGAAAAAAAAAUCUCUUUUGCUGAUAUUGGAAUAAUUGCCAGAGAAAAUGAGGCAGAUUUGACCCCAGAGGAGAAGAACAGCAAACAAGCAGAAAAAGGUCAUACAGUUAAAGUAGGACAAUCAUCUUAUGUGGAUUCGGAGCAUUCGGAUUCUGAUUGUCCAUUACUUCCAGCCAGCAAUAUUAUAGAGAAAAAAACACCCAAGAAAAGAGGAAGAAAACCGGGUCUUGGAAGAGAAACACCGUUGAACCACGCUGAAGCAGAGAGACAGCGGCGCGAGAAGUUGAACCACUGGUUCUACGCACUGAGAGCUGCGGUUCCAAAUGUGUCAAGAAUGGACAAAGCAUCGCUACUGUCUGAUGCAAUAUCUUAUAUAAAUGAACUCAAGAGCAAGAUUGAUGAACUUGAGUCACAUCUGCAAAGAGAGUCAAAGAAAGUGAAGGUGGAAACUUCUGAUAACAUGGAUAAUCAGAGCACCACCACAUCUGUGGAUCAAAUUAGGCCUAGUUCUGGUGAUGGAUUUAAUCUUGAAGUUGAAGUCAAAAUUGUGGGCAACGAAGCCAUGAUAAGAGUCCAAUCUGAGAAUAUUAAUCAUCCAUCUGCUACAUUAAUGGGAGCUCUUCGUGAACUGGAGUUUCAACUUCACCAUGCCAGCAUGACUUGUGUCAAUAACCUUAUGCUUCAAGAUGUCGUGGUUAAGGUCCCUGAAGGACUGAAAACUGAAGAAAGUAUCAGAUCGGCAAUUUUCAGAAGACUAGACCAGUAGAAAGAUUUUAUUAUAAUAAUUUGUGCCUAAAAUUAAAAAGAAGAAGAAUUAUGUUCUUCAAUCUCAUUAAGGUCAGUUUUCUGUUUCCAUGUACGUAGUGUUAGUACUACUUUGUUGCUUUUCUCUAAGUUCAUGUACAUGAACAAAUAAACGCACGUGCUGAUAUUCACGCACAUUUAUAUUUAA